AUGUGCUUGUUGCCACGAGAGCCACAGCGGCGGGCGGCCGCGGCGGUGGUGGCUGCCAGCGCGUACAUGUGCCACUACAACGCGCGGCCCGCGUCGCAGAGGGACAUGCGGGCCUACUGCUUCUACACCAGCAAGGCCGUGCAGCAGCAGCAGCAGCAGCAGCAGCAGCAGCGGCAGCAGCAGCAGCAGCAGCAGCAGCAGCAGCAAGAGAAAGAGCACUGGCAGCAGCCGCCGCCGCCGCCGCAGCAGCAGCAGCCGCAGCAGCAGCAGCAGCAGCAGCAGCAGCAGCAGCAGCAGCAGCAGCAGCAGCAGCAGCAGCAGCAGCAGCAGCAGCAUGCAUUAUGGGCACGCUGGAUACCUUUGACGAACGAGUGCCGUAACCUGUCGUCUGACACGAAUUUCACGUACUGCGAGCAGUGGGUCAUCCCCACCUCGCCGCCGCCCUACACUGUGCCCUGCAUGAAGCUCGACUGCUGCUAUGACCCGUACUGCAUCGACACCACCACGGGGCAGCAGUACGGCUGCAGCAUGCGGUUCUAUGACUGGGAUGACUACCCCUGGGCGGUGUGCUCAAAUGACGUCAUCAACUGCGGGCAGGGCUACACGUUCAAUUGGGACGGCAGCUGCGUCCUCAUCGACUACAAGCCCCCGGCCCCGCCGCCGCCACCCUCCCCGCCGCCGCCCUCGCCCCCGCCGCCGGUGAGCCCCGAGCUUGCUUAA